AUGGCCUACAAACCCGCCCUCCUCGUCGUCGACCUCCAAGAGGACUUUUGUCCCCCCAACGGCGCCCUCCCCGUCCCCUCCGCCCGCUCCAUCCUCCCCCCAACAAACCUCCUCCUCACCUACCCCUUCCCCCUCAAACUCGCCACCCUCGACUGGCACCCCCCAACCCACAUCUCCUUCGCCUCCAACCACCCCUCCGCCGCCCCCUUCACAUCCACCCACACGAUCCACCACCCCGAGGAUCCUUCCCUCUCCUACACAACCCCCCUCUGGCCCGUCCACUGCGUGCAAGACACACCGGGAGCCUCUCUGGUCCCCGAACUCCGGGCCGAUCUCCUAGACGACGUCAUCCGCAAGGGAACCAACCCGACGGUGGAGAUGUACUCCGCCUUUUACGAUCCGUACAAAGUCUCCGAUUCGGGGCUCGCGAAGAGGUUGAGGGAUGAGGGCGUCACGCACGUUUUUGUCGUCGGGCUGGCGGCGGAUUAUUGUGUUCGGUGGUCGGCGGUCGAUGCGGCGCGGGAGGGGUUUGUGACGUAUAUCGUUGAGGAGGGGACGAGGGCCGUGGAUCCUGAUAAAUGGGAGGAUGUCAAGAAGGAGAUUGAGAAAGAGGGCGUGAGGGUUGUGGGGAUGGCGGGUGAGGAGGUGGAGAGGGUUAGGAAGCUGGGAGAGGCGAGGGGGUGA